GGAGGUGGAGCUUCAGCCUUGAGACCUAGUAGUAAGUCUAAUGAUUGCCCUGGGAAGCUCAGGUCACCACCCACCCAUAGUCUGGGAACUGGUCUAGAGUCAAACGCACAGCAUCAUCUGGGGCCUGAUCUGUCCGGAGCAGUCAGUCUGCUAAUUGUUCAUUUGUGCGCAAAAUGUGUUCAGCCAUUUCCCCCAGAGCCUCUCACCGCAUCCGCUCCAUAUGUCCUCCCCACAUUUCAGGAAGGUGAGAAGUAGUAAGCUGUCACAGGUUUGUCUCCUGUCACAGUUUGCUACCUGGGCAGGAAGUAUGGGAAAGGCAGAGACCAAAGUGUGAUAGCGAAGCAAAAAAAGAACACCGAGGAGUUAGUAACUGCUCCCAGUAGCAAAUAGUACCAAUAGCAAUAACAUUACAUUUGUGAGCUACUCAGUCAUUCAGUGACAAUGUGGCUUGCUUUUGCAGAGACCAAGGUGUAUGUGGGAAACCUGGGCACUGGGGCCGGAAAGGGCGAACUGGAGCGAGCAUUCAGCUACUAUGGUCCCCUGCGCACAGUGUGGAUAGCAAGAAAUCCUCCGGGAUUUGCCUUUGUAGAAUUUGAAGACCCAAGAGAUGCUGAAGAUGCAGUUCGAGGUUUGGAUGGAAAGGUGAUUUGUGGCUCCCGAGUGAGGGUUGAGCUGUCAACUGGCAUGCCUCGUCGCUCCCGCUAUGACAGACCUCCCGCACGGCGACCAUUUGAUCCUAAUGACCGGUGUUAUGAGUGUGGCGAGAAAGGCCAUUAUGCUUAUGACUGUCAUCGUUAUAGUCGACGAAGGCGGAGCAGGUCGCGGUCUAGAUCUCAUUCAAGGUCCAGAGGAAGAAGGUAUUCUCGGUCACGCAGCCGAAGCCGCGGAAGGAGGUCUAGGUCUGCUUCCCUUCGAAGAUCGAGGUCUGUCUCACCUCGUAGAUCUAGAUCGGCCUCACCCCGCAGGUCCCGAUCACGUUCCUUAAAAAGAUCAAGGUCUAGGUCCAGGUCCAGAUCCAGAUCUGCUUUAUGGCCACGAAGCAGCCGAUCAAAGUCCAGAUCACCAUCUCCAAAGAGAAGUCGUUCACCAUCAGGAAGCCCUCGAAGGAGGAGUGCGAGUCCUGUAAGAAUGGACUGAAAUUUCAAAGUUAACCUUUUAGGAAGAAAGUUAUUUUGUUUGUUACAAGGUAUUUUGUGUCUGAUGUAAAUGGUAAGGACUUAGUCCUAGAAGGGUAUGUCAAUCAAAUAAAAAUUGGCCUGGGUCAGGGAUCUUCUAAAUUGUGACAUCGUAAGAGUAGAUUAGCGCGCAACUUUUUUUGUUGUAUGCAUUCAUAUCCUGUGAUCUGAAAAGUGGGACUUUUUUAUUGACACACAGAAAUAAAAUGUGUAUUUCUAACGAAAA